GACCCAGACCGAGACCGAGGGAUAGAAGGAAGCAAGCGACGAGGAGGAGGAAAAAAGACGCUUAAAACACUAGAAAAUGGCGUCUCUCAUACAGAAUAUCGCUCGACUGGCCAUACACACAUUCAGAAGAGACCCACAGUUAAGUCCCACUAGUUACAAGGCUCAUUAUGACCAGCUGUGUGACCUCUUGGCUCGCCUCACUCCAUCUGACCUCAAGAUUGACCCAGCCCUUCUCGUUGAUAGAGGGAGAUUCAAUCCAAACAGGGAUGGGGCUCCAGUGACUUACAUGCAAAUUUAUGAAGACCUUGAUCUUACUAUUUGUGUGUUUAUUCUGAAGAGAGGAGUCCGCCUGCCUCUACACGACCACCCUGACAUGUGUGGACUCCUUAAGGUAGUUCACGGGAUGGUGUCAAUACAAAGUUAUUCCUUCAUUCCGGAGAAUAAUAGUGAAGCUAGGAAUGGCGAUCCAGGGGUACCAACCCUUCCGAACCCGCAGGAGCUCCCGGGACAUACACUCGCAAGGACCCCAACUUUUCUGCACACACAAGUCCUGGCAGCCACUAAGCACCCUACACAGACCAUCACCGCCUCUCAACCGGCCUGCCAGCUCAGUCCGGGUGCGAAUAACCUGCAUGAGAUUCACUCGAUUGACGGUCCGGCUGCGUUCUUAGAUAUUCUGUCUCCUCCUUACGGUACGGAUGAACGGCUCGGAUUUGAGAGGGAUUGUAAUUAUUAUAAAGAGGUUAGGAGUCCCUCAACCGGCUCCGAAGAGGACGUGAACGGACAGCCUGCCGUUUUCCUGUACCGAGUUGAAACCCCGAGUGACUUUUUGGUGUGAUCAGGCCGAGUAUUGUGGUCCGCCUAUUGAGGGAGAGAGAGAGAAUGGGGUGUGAGUGUCUGUGUGUCUGUCUGAGUGUCUGUGUGUGUGUUUGUGUGUUUACUGUUUAGUUUUUCUUUGUUUUCUUGUUAUUCUUCAGUUGUAUUGCUGUGAUUAAUUCUUCUUCUUCUUCUUCUUCUUCUUCUUUUUCUUCUUCUUUUUCGUUUAAUUCUUCCUGUUCUUGUUCUUCCUCCUCCUCCUCCUCUUAAACUUCUUCUUCUUCUUCUUCUUCUUCUUCUUCUUCUUCUUCUUCUUCUUCUUCUUCUUCUUUUUCUUCUUCUUUUUCGUUUAAUUCUUCCUGUUCUUGUUCUUCCUCCUCCUCCUCCUCUUCUUCUUCUUCUUCUUCUUCUUUUUCUUCUUCUU